ACGAGGCUUGGGCAGCGGAAGUCCUUCUUCCCGCGGCAGUUUCCCGGGCGCACGUGUGUGUAAUGGCGGGGAUACCACUGGACAAUUGGCGGCCCGCUACGGUUGCCCUGGACACCAGUAUGGGCACCAUUAUGGUGGAGUUAUACUGGGAUCAUGCUCCCCGAACUUGUAAGAACUUCGCGGAGCUCUCCCGGCGCGGCUACUACAACGGCACCAAGUUCCACCGCGUCAUCAAGGACUUUAUGGUCCAAGGCGGGGACCCUACAGGCACCGGGCGCGGAGGAGGCUCCAUCUACGACGGGAAACACUUUGAAGAUGAGCUCCACCCGGAGCUGAAGUUCACCGGGGCCGGUAUCCUCGCCAUGGCCAAUGCCGGGCCUGACACCAAUGGCAGCCAGUUCUUCCUCACCCUCGCCCCGUCGCAGUGGCUGGACGGCAAGCACACUAUCUUCGGGCGGGUGUGUCAGGGCCUUGGUACCCUGAACAGGCUGGGCAUGGUGGAGACGGACAGCCAGGACCGGCCGCUGGACGAGGUGAAGAUCCUCCGGGCCAACCCGCAGGGCUGAUGGAGGAGCCGGGCGUGCAUGUCCGUCUGUGGACUGGAGGAGCCGGGCGUGCAUGUCCGUCUAUGGCCCGGAGGAGCCGGGCGUGCAUGUCCGUCUAUGGCCCGGAGGAGCCGGGCGUGCAUGUCCGUCUAUGGCCCGGAGGAGCCGGGCGUGCAUGUCCGUCUAUGGACUGGAGGAGCCGGGCGUGCAUGUCCGUCUAUGGACUGGAGGAGCCGGGCGUGCAUGUCCGUCUAUGGACUGGAGGAGCCGGGCGUGCAUGUCCGUCUAUGGACUGGAGGAGCCGGGCGUGCAUGUCCGUCUAUGGACUGGAGGAGCCGGGCGUGCAUGCCCGUCUAUGGACUGGAGGAGCCGGGCGUGCAUGCCCGUCUAUGGACUGGAGGAGCCGGGCGUGCAUGCCCGUCUAUGGACUGGAGGAGCCGGGCGUGCAUGCCCGUCUAUGGACUGGAGGAGCCGGGCGUGCAUGCCCGUCUAUGGACUGGAGGAGCCGGGCGUGCAUGCCCGUCUAUGGACUGGAGGAGCCGGGCGUGCAUGCCCGUCUAUGGACUGGAGGAGCCGGGCGUGCAUGCCCGUCUAUGGACUGGAGGAGCCGGGCGUGCA